AUGCCAACCAGCACUUCCUCCCCAGUCAAACGCCCCGGCCUCGGCCGCCGCGCCGUUUCUUCGCAUGCGGUUGUCACGCGGACCAACUCCAAUAGUGAGCUGUCAGAAUCGCAGACCUCCAAGGCCACCAUUCAUAAAGCCAACCGCACCCAUGUCGUGGGCGGCGGUCGCAACCACCACCGUAAUCCAUCGAUCGGGAAGAACAUAAAUAAGCUGCAACGAUUUCAGCUGGCCCCCGAAACCACCGGUCGUCAUCAUCAACGGAAGAAAUCCGCCCCCGCAACCCCUAUCGCCAGCCCCAAGGAGCGGAGUCACGUACGCUGGGACGGCGUUGUGGAAGAUCAUCCAAAGAAUCAUUCUAUGAAAAGAAAUAACUCCACCCCGGUCCUCCGACGCAAUAACUCGGCUUUCGGGAAGAAAGCUCUGGUUACCGAUCGGCCUCUGUUGAGCGCCGGGAAGAAGAAGACGGUCGGGUUUGAGCUGGGCGACGAUGAGACUGACGAAGCUGAAUGGGAGGACACUACACAAUCACCUGAAAGCACGAGACGCAAUUCGGUCGUCCCGUCCAACCACAGUGCCGAAAACGCCCAAGUCCUGGUUGACCCCCUUACCUUCGUGAAACGCCCAUACCCACAGGUGCCUCGCGCGACGAGCCUUCCAGAUUCAAUCACCAACCGAUACCUAAGAGAGCAGGCCGACGAAGAGGAGGAGCGUCAGGAGGAGGAGCGCCAGGAGAACGACGACACUGAAGAGGACCCCCAAUCGACUGAACAAGGCGACAUCGCUAGCCGCCUUCUUAGCCCCUCUCACUCCGCGAGAGCUCCGCCCGCCAUGUCUUCUAUCUCUGCGAUGGCUAAGCCGACGGACUCCGCAUCGCGCAAUGCUUCUUCUAUUAAUCUUGCUGCAGAAGGUGCUCGCCGCAAUUUCUCUUCCUCAACCAUUGGACUGAGCAGCCUGCCUAGUGGGAUUCAAGCUACAGCCACCUCUUCUUCGAUGGAAGGUGGCGUCUCUCGCUUCAUUCCAAGCAACAAAACCGGCUUCCACGCAUCAUCACGAACCGACUCAGAUCCCAAUACCCCAUCUUCAUUCCUUCCUCAUUACCAUCCUCAAACACCACCCUCCCCCAACCGAGGAUCAGGGAAGCCAACUGCUUCCCCGGCACCUAACAGAGGUGCUGAGCUGUCGCGAACGCAACAGAAGCUCUGGCUCCAACGUACCGCUACGUUGAAUAAUUCGCCGCCAGACUCACAUAGCGUUUCCACGACGGGACCUCCGUCAACCAGCGACCCUAAUUUUAUGGCAGCAGGCCACACUCGUCCUGUCGGUGGUCCAUAUGAUUCUAGCAGGGCCUUGAACGGUAACGGUCGUGUUGGAGCUCUAGGGCAGGACACCGAAGCACGCCAUAUUCGAAAAGCAUAUGAAAAAUCCUCUCUCGAAUUAACUGUGGUAAGGCGAUUCCAGUCGCCUACUGGCGAUAGCUUCAACCGACUUCGUGCGGUGGCACGGGCAUCCAAAGCUCUCAUCCGUGCAGAGCCUGGAUCAGCUCUAGGCAAACCAGUAAAAUCAGCCCCGUCAUUGCCCCUCCUGCAGCACGGAAGACAGCCUAGCCGGCUCGCGUCAAGCUCAGAAUCCAGAUCUCAGUUGCCUGAUCCCCACUCCUCGGCAUCCGAAGAUCAGACGAGCCAGAAUGAAUCCACUGACACCAUACAAGGGGUCAAAUCCAAACACCCCUCGCAGCGGAUCUUAUCUAGUUCUGACGAGGCCUCACAUAAUAUCCCAGGUGAUCACGAUGAAGACUACCCCGUUGACGGGACUGACAUGAUGGUCCGUCGCAUGUGGGAAAGUCGAGAGGUGGCUACCUCGGGUUAA